UAUGACGCCCUCCCGGCCCCCCGCCCCUUCUGCUUAGACCAAGACCACCGGCUGCUGGGCAAUGCGGGGAUCGGAUAACGGGGGAGACUGACCGUGUGCUCUUCUGUACCACAUCCCCUGACCCCGGUACAGCCUCAGCCGGGGGCACAAUCACCGCUUUCCCACGGUGUUGUUUAACUCAUUGUCUGCCUGAGACCAGCACUGGAUAAUGCAGAUCAUUACAUCUCUUCUGAAGCUAGGAGCGCUUUUUCAAUUCAUCCAUUUUACCAAACAACAUGAAAUAGAGUUUUCUACUGCAAAUCUAUCAAAAUGGAUGUUUAAUUACAGAAGCAUUAAUUUGCCAGAAAAUCACAUUCCAUAUUAUUUACACAACAACCAAGCCAUUGCGUACCUCUGCAGCGAAGACCCUCAUUGCCCAUUUAAGAAAGAACUGACAAAGCUGGAGUCGUGCUGGGGUUAUGAGUCUUCAUGCAGCGAGGAGAACCGGUUUAGCUUCCCAGUUUGUGACCAUGUGGACUUUGGUUGGGUGAAGAGCAUUGGGGCUGCUCAGAAGGAAUUUUGGACACAAGCAGAUUUUGGAUACGUAAAGGAGCGAAGGGAUGAAACGCAAAUAUUAUGUCACCCUCAGGAACCAGGAGAUUCCUUGUUGGCCUGUUCCAGCAACCUCCAGCACUGCAGAGCUACAAAUAUUUACCUUGAUUUGAGAAAGUCAAGGAGAGGCCAAGACAGGUUUAGAGAAGACUUUUUUCAGGAUGGAGACAUUGGAGGUCAUUGUCACCUUGACUCCCAUAAACUGAAGUCUCAAGGUGAACGUAAGAGUCCCCUGCAGUCUUGGUUUGCAGAGCUAGAAAAAUACAGCAGGCUGAAGUUUAAGCCGAUAGAUGAUGGUCACUGUGACAUUAUCAUAGAGAAACCAACAUAUUUUAUGAAGCUGGAUGCAGGUGUAAAUAUGUAUCAUCACUUUUGUGACUUUGUCAAUCUCUAUAUAACGCAACAUGUGAAUAAUUCAUUCAGUACCGACGUUCAUAUUGUCAUGUGGGACACAAGUUUCUACGGCUAUGGGGAUUUGUUCAGUGAGACGUGGAAAGCUUUUACGGACUAUGAGAUAACACAUUUGAAAACAUAUGAUACCAAAAGGGUGUGUUUUAAAGAAGCCGUCUUUUCUUUACUCCCACGAAUGAGAUAUGGGCUGUUUUACAACACACCAUUGAUAUCACACUGCUAUGGAUCAGGGCUGUUUAAAGCGUUUUCAGAACAUGUUCUCUUCCGAAUGAAUAUUACUCAGGAAACCUUGAAGGUGGAGAAAAUACGAGUCACCAUACUCAUACGCAGUACAGAGUUUCGGAAAAUAUUGAACUUGGAUGAGCUGGUUCGUGCUCUCAAGACAGUGUCUACACUAGAAGUGCAAGUUGUUGAUUAUAAAUACAAAGAGGUUGGUUUCCUUGAACAACUGGCAAUCACACACAACUCGGAUAUAUUUAUUGGGAUGCACGGUGCUGGUCUAACCCACUUACUGUUUUUACCAGAGUGGGCUGUUGUGUUUGAGCUGUAUAACUGUGAGGACGGACGCUGUUAUUUAGACCUGGCGAGACUCAGAGGGAUUCAUUACAUUACAUGGCAGAAGAAAAGCAAAGUAUUUCCCCAAGACAAAGGUCACCAUCCAACCUUGGGGGAACAUCCAAAAUUUACAAAUUAUUCCUUUGAUGUAGCAGAAUUUAUGCGCCUGGUAAUCUUGGCAGCAGAACACGUGUCUCAUCAUUCCAAAUGGCCAUUUCGGAAAAAGCAUGAAGAAUUAUAAUUUUGGACUAACGGCAAUAAAUAAAUACAGUCUAAAUAAUACCUCGUCAAUGAACUUCAUGUUAAUUAGAUGGUACAAAGUCUUCAAACUUAACGGGACACUACUGAUCUCCCUUAAUUCGUUUCCAGUGACUUGUUAUACCAACUGCAGCUUAAAUUUAAAGGGACAGUCUACUCCAGAAUGUUUGUUUAAAAAUAUAGAUAAUCCCUUUAUUACCCGUUCCCCAGUUUUGCAUAAUCAACACUGUUAUAUAAAUACACUUUUUACCUCUGUGAUUACCUGUAUCUAAGCCUCUGCAGACUGCCCCUUAUGUCAGUUAUAUUAAUAUACUUUUUACCUCUGUGAUUACCUUGUAUCUAAGCCUCUGCAGACUGCUGCUUAUCUCAGUUAUAUUAAUAUACUUUUUACCUCUGUGAUUACCCUGUAUCUAAGCCUCUGCAGACUUCCCCUUAUCUCAGUUAUAUUAAAAUACGUUUUACUUCUGUGAUUACCCUGUAUCUAAGCCUCUGCAGACUGCCCCCUUAUCUCAGUUAUAUUAAUAUACUUUUUACCUCUGUGAUUACCUUGUAUCUAACCCUCUGCAGACUGCCCCUUAUCUCAGUUAUAUUAAUAUACUUUCUCCAACAUUGGUGUGUCCGGUCCACGGCGUCAUCCUUACUUGUGGGAAUAUCUCUUCCCCAACAGGCAAUGGCAAAGAGUCCCAGCAAAAGCUGGCCAUAUAGUCCCUCCUAGGCUCCGCCCACAGCAGUCAUUCUCUUUGCUGUUGCACAGGCAACAUCUCCACGGAGAUGGUUAAGAGUAUGUGGUGUUUAGUUGUAGUUUUUUAUUCUACUAUCAAGAGUUUGUUAUUUUAAAAUAGUACUGGUAUGUACUAUUUACUCUGAAACAGAAAAAGAUGAAGAGUUCUGUUUGUGAGAGGAAGAUGAUUUUAGCAGACAGUAACUAAAAUCGUUUGCUGUUUCCACAUAGGACUGUUGAGAUGAAGUAACUUCAGUUGGGGGAAACAGUUAGCAGACUUUUCUGCUUAAGGUAUGACUAGCCAUAUUUCUAACAAGACUGUGUAAUGCUGGAAGGCUGUCAUUUCCCCUCAUGGGGACCGGUAAGUCAUUUUCUUAGUCUCAAACAGAAUAAAGGGCUUAAUAUGGGUUAUAAAACUGGUAGACACUUUUAUGGGCAAAAUCGAUUGCUUUAUUUGGGCAUUUUAUACAUGUUUAUGCUUGUAAUUCACACUUAUAAGCUUGGGGAACGUUUUUUAACGUCAGGCACUGUGUUAGACACCUUUCCAGUCAGGAAGGGCCUUCCCAGUUGUAGGCUGAGCCUCAUUUUCACGCCAUUACUGCGCAGUUACUUUUGAGAGCAAGACAUGCAGAUGCAUGUGUGAGGAUCUGAAAGUAGUUGGAAAAGUUCCUAGAAGGCUUCAUUUGGUAUCGUAUUCCCCCCUGGGUUUGGUAAAGUCGCAGCAAAGGCUGUAGCUGGGACUGUAGAGGGGUUAAAACUGUAACCGGCUCCGGUUUCCUCAUUUUAAGGGUUAAAGCUCUGAAAAUUGGUGUGCAAUAUUUUGAAUGCUUUAAGACACUGUGGUGAAAAUUUGGUAAAUUUUGAACAAUUCCUUCAUACUUUUUCACAUAUUCAGUAAUAAAGUGUGCACUGUUUAAAAUUUAAAGAGCCAGUAACGUUUUUGUUUUUAAAACGGUUUUUGUACUUUAUUGACAAGUUUAAGCCUGUUUAACAUGUCUGUACCUUCAGAUAAGCUAUGUUCUAUAUGUAUGAAAGUCAAUGUGUCUCCCCCUUCAAAAUUGUGUGAUAAUUGUGCCAUAGCGUCCAAACAAAGUAAGGACAGUACUGCCACAAAUAGUAAAGUUGCCCAAGAUGAUUCAUCAGAUGAAGGGAGUAGACAUAGUUCUACAUCAUCUCCUUCUGUGUCUAUACCAGUUUUGCCCACGCAGGAGGCCCCUAGUACUUCUAGCGCGCCAAUGCUUAUUACUAUGCAACAAUUGACGGCUGUAAUGGAUAACUCCAUAGCAAAUAUUUUAUCCAAAAUGCCUGCAUAUCAGAGAAAGCGCGAUUGCUCUGUUUUAAACACUGAAGAGCAGGAAGGCGCUGAUGAUAAUUGUUCUGUCAUACCCUCACACCAAUCUGAAGGGGCCAUGAGGGAGGUUUUGUCAGAUGGGGAAAUUUCAGAUUCAGGAAAAAUUUCUCAACAAGCUGAACCUGAUGUUGUGACAUUUAAAUUUAAAUUAGAGCAUCUCCGCGCACUGCUUAAGGAGGUGUUAUCUACUCUGGAUGAUUGUGACAACCUGGUCAUUCCAGAAAAAUUAUGCAAGAUGGACAAGUUCCUAGAGGUUCCGGUGCACCCCGACGCUUUCCCUAUACCCAAGCGGGUGGCGGACAUAGUGAAUAAGGAGUGGAAGAAGCCCGGCAUACCUUUUGUCCCCCCUCCUAUAUUUAAGAAAUUAUUUCCUAUGGUCGACCCCAGAAAGGACUUAUGGCAGACAGUCCCUAAGGUCGAGGGGGCAGUUUCUACUCUAAACAAGCGCACUACUAUCCCUAUCGAGGAUAAUUGUGCUUUCAAAGAUCCUAUGGAUAAAAAAUUGGAGGGUUUGCUUAAAAAGAUUUUUGUACAGCAAGGUUACCUCCUGCAACCCAUUUCGUGCAUUGUUCCUGUCACUACAGCAGCGUGGUUCUGGUUCGAGGAACUAGAAAAGUCGCUCAGUAGAGAGACUCCGUAUGAGGAGGUUAUGGACAGAGUUCACGCACUCAAGUUGGCUAAUUCUUUUAUUUUAGAUGCCGCUUUGCAAUUAGCUAGAUUAGCGGCGAAAAAUUCAGGGUUUGCAAUUGUGGCGCGCAGAGCGCUUUGGCUAAAGUCUUGGUCAGCGGAUGUAUCUUCCAAGACAAAAUUGCUUAAUAUCCCCUUCAAGGGUAAAACUCUCUUUGGCCCAGAAUUGAAAGAGAUUAUUUCAGACAUUACUGGGAGAAAGGGCCACGCCCUCCCACAAGAUAGGCCUUUCAAAGCCAAGAAUAAGUCUAAUUUUCGUUCCUUUCGCAAUUUCAGGAACGGACCGGCCUCUAACUCUGCAUCCUCUAAACAAGAGGGUAAUGCUUCACAAACCAACCGAAGCCUGGAAACCGAUGCAAGGCUGGAACAAGGGUAAGCAGGCCAAGAAGCCUGCUGCUGCUAACAAAACAGCAUGAAGGAGUAGCCCCCGAUCCGGGACCGGAUCUAGUAGGGGGCAGACUCUCUCUCUUCGCUCAGGCUUGGGCAAGAGAUGUUCAGGAUCCCUGGACACUAGAAAUAGUUUCUCAGGGUUAUCUUCUGGAAUUCAAGGAACUACCCCCAAGGGGAAGGUUCCACAUGUCUCACUUAUCCUCAAACCAAAUAAAGAGACAGGCAUUCUUACAUUGUGUAGAAGACCUGUCAAAGAUGGGAGUGAUACACCCAGUUCCAACGGCGGAACAAGGAAUGGGAUUUUACUCAAAUCUGUUUGUAGUUCCCAAAAAAGAGGGAACUUUCAGACCAAUUCUGGAUUUAAAGAUCCUAAACAAAUUUCUCAGAGUACCAUCGUUCAAAAUGGAAACCAUUCGAACGAUUCUACCUACAAUCCAGGAAGGUCAAUUUAUGACUACCGUGGAUCUAAAGGAUGCGUAUCUACAUAUUCCUAUCCACAAAGAACAUCAUCAGUUCCUAAGGUUCGCCUUUCUGGACAAACAUUACCAGUUUGUGGCCCUCCCAUUCGGGUUAGCCACUGCUCCAAGGAUUUUCACAAAGGUACUCGGGUCCCUUCUAGCGGUUCUAAGACCAAGGGGCAUUGCAGUAGUACCUUACUUGGACGACAUCCUAAUUCAAGCGUCGUCUCUUUUAAAGGCAAAGGCUCACACAGACAUCGUUCUGGCCUUUCUCAGAUCUCACGGAUGGAAGGUGAACAUAGAAAAAAGUUCCCUGUCUCCGUCGACAAGAGUUCCCUUCUUGGGAACAAUAAUAGAUUCUUUAGAAAUGAGGAUUUUCCUGACAGAAGUCAGAAAGUCAAAACUUCUAAACGCUUGUCAAGUUCUUCAUUCUAUUCCUCGUCCUUCCGUAGCUCAGUGCAUGGAAGUAGUAGGGUUGAUGGUUGCAGCAAUGGACAUAGUUCCUUUUGCGCGAAUUCAUCUAAGACCAUUACAACUGUGCAUGCUGAAACAGUGGAAUGGGGACUAUACAGACUUGUCUCCAGUGAUUCAAGUAGAGCAGAAGACCAGAGACUCACUCCGUUGGUGGCUAACCCUGGACCACCUGUCCCAGGGAAUGAGCUUCCGCAGACCAGAGUGGGUCAUCGUCACGACCGACGCCAGUCUAGUGGGCUGGGGCGCGGUCUGGGAAUCCCUGAAAGCUCAGGGACUAUGGUCUCGGGAAGAGUCUCUUCUCCCGAUAAACAUUCUGGAACUGAGAGCGAUAUUCAAUGCUCUCAGGGCUUGGCCUCAACUAGCAAAGGCCAGAUUCAUAAGAUUCCAACAUGACGACUGUUGCUUAUAUCAAUCAUCAGGGGGGAACAAGGAGUUCCCUGGCGAUGAAAGAAGUGACCAAAAUAAUAAAAUGGGCGGAGGAUCACUCCUGCCACCUAUCUGCGAUCCACAUCCCAGGUGUGGAAAACUGGGAGGCGAAUUAUCUGAGUCGUCAGACAUUCCAUCCGGGGGAGUGGGAACUCCACCCGGAGAUCUUUGCCCAGUUGACUCAAUUAUGGGGCAUUCCAGAUAUGGAUCUGAUGGCGUCUCGUCAGAACGUCAAGGUUCCUUGCUACGGGUCCAGAUCCAGGGAUCCCAAGGCGACUCUAGUGGAUGCACUAGUAGUGCCUUGGACCUUCAACCUAGCCUAUGUGUUUCCACCGUUUCCUCUCAUUCCCAGGCUGGUAGCCAGGAUCAAGCAGGAGAGGGUGAUCUCCUUGGUGAUCUUGAUAGCUCCUGCGUGGCCAUGCAGGACUUGGUAUGCAGACCUGGUGAAUAUGUCAUCGGUUCCACCAUGGAAGCUACCUUUGAGACAGGAUCUUCUUGUACAGGGUCCAUUCGAACAUCCAAAUCUGGUCUCCCUCCAGCUGACGGCUUGGAAAUUGAACGCUUGAUUCUAUCAAAGCGUGGGUUUUCAGAUUCUGUGAUAGAUACUCUAGUUCAAGCCAGAAAACCGGUAACUAGAAAAAUUUACCAUAAAAUAUGGAAAAGAUAUAUCUGCUGGUGUGAAUCCAAGGGAUUCUUAUGGAAUAAGAUCAAAAUCCCUAAGAUACUUUCCUUUCUAAAAGAGGGUUUGGAUAAAGGAUUAUCAGCGAGUUCUCUAAAGGGACAGAUUUCUGCUUUAUCUGUCUUAUUACAGCAGCUGUGCCAGAUGUUCAAGCAUUUGUUCAGGCUCUGGUUAGGAUCAAGCCUGUUUACAGACCUUUGAUUCCUCCCUGGAGUUUAAAUCUGGUUCUUUCAGUUCUUCAAGGGGUUCCGUUUGAACCUCUACAUUCCAUAGAUAUUAAGUUGUUAUCUUGGAAAGUUUUGUUUUUGGUUGCUAUUUCUUCUGCUAGAAGAGUUUCUGCAGUGUUCUCCGCCCUAUCUGGUGUUCCAUGCAGAUAAGGUUGUUUUGCGUACUAAGCCUGGUUUUCUUCCAAAGGUUGUUUCUAACAAGAAUAUUAACCAGGAGAUAGUUGUACCUUCUUUGUGUCCGAAUCCAGUUUCAAAGAAGGAACGUUUGUUACACAAUUUAGACGUAGUCCGUGCUCUAAAAUUCUAUUUAAAAAGCUACAAAAGAGUUCAGACAAACUUCUUCUCUGUUUGUCGUCUAUUCUGGUAAAAGGAGAGGUCAAAAAGCGACUUCUACCUCUCUUUCCUUUUGGCUUAAAAGCAUAAUCCGAUUGGCUUACGAGACUGCCGGACGGCAGCCUCCUGAAAGAAUCACAGCUCACUCCACUAGGGGCUGUGGCUUCCACAUGGGCCUUCAAGAAUGAGGCUUCUGUUGAUCAGAUAUGUAAGGCAGAGACUUGGUCUUCACUGCACACUUUUGCCAAAUUUUACAAAUUUGAUACUUUUGCUUCUUCAGAGGCUAUUUUUGGGAGAAAGGUUUUGCAAGCCGUGGUGCCUUCUGUUUAGGUAACCUGAUUUGCUCCCUCCCUUCAUCCGUGUCCUAAAGCUUUGGUAUUGGUUCCCACAAGUAAGGAUGACGCUGUGGACCGGACACACCAAUGUUGGAGAAAACAGAAUUUAUGCUUACCUAUUAAAUUACUUUCUCCAACGGUGUGUCCGGUCCACGGCCCGCCCUGGUUUUUUUAAUCAGGUUUGAUGAAUUAUUUUCUCUAACUACAGUCACCACGGCACCCUAUAGUUUCUCCUGUUUUUUCCUCCUGUCCGUCGGUCGAAUGACUGGGGUGGGCGGAGCCUAGGAGGGACUAUAUGGCCAGCUUUUUCUGGGAAUCUUUGCCAUUUCCUGUUGGGGAAGAGAUAUUCCCACAAGUAAGGAUGACGCCGUGGACCGGACACACCGUUGGAGAAAGUAAUUUAUCAGGUAAGCAUAAAUUCUGUUUUUUACCUCUGUGAUUACCUUGUAUCUAAGCCUCUGUAGACUGCCCCUUAUCUCAGUUAUAUUAAUAUACUUUUUACUUCUGUGAUUACUCUGUAUCUAAGCCUCUGCAGACUGCUCCUUAUCUCAGUUAUAUUAAUAUACUUUUUACCUCUGUGAUUACCUUGUAUCUAAGCCUCUGCAGACUGACCCUUAUCUCAGUUAUAUUAAUAUACUUUUUACCUCUGUGAUUACCUUGUAUCUAAGCCUCUACAGACUGCUCCUUAUCUCAGUUAUAUUAAUAUACAUUUUACCUCUGUGAUUACCUUGUAUCUAAGUCUCUGCAGACUGCCCCCUUAUCUCAGUUAUAUUAAUAUACAUUUUACCUCUGUGAUUACCUUGUAUCUAAGUCUCUGCAGACUGCCCCCUUAUCUCAGUUAUAUUAAUAUACAUUUUACCUCUGUGAUUACCUUGUAUCUAAGUCUCUGCAGACUGCCCCCUUAUCUCAGUUCUUGCAUUUUAGCUAAUCAGUGCUGACUCAUAAAUAACUCCACUGAAGUGAGCACUAUCUAGCUGUGAAAAACUGACAAGUGCACUGAGGUUAGAGGUGGCCUUCAAGGGCUUAAAAAUUUGCAUAUGAGCCUUCCUAGGUUUAGAUUUCAACAAAGAAUACCAAGAGAACAAAGCAAAUUGGAUGAUAAAAUUAAUGUUAUUUUAAAUUGCAUGGCCUAUCUGAAUCAUGAAAGUUUAAUUUUGACUAGACUGUUCCUUUAAACUUUUUUACUUUAUCCCUUAAUGGGAUAUGAAACCCAAAAUUUUUCUUUCAUGAUUCAGACAGAACAGCGAUUAUAAACAAUGUUCUAAUUUACUUCUAUUAUCACAUUUUCUUAAUUCUCUUGGUAUCUUGUGUUGAAAAGCAGGGCUGUAAGCUCAGAAGCGUGCACGUGUCUGCAGCACUAGAUGGCAGCAGUUUUACAAGAAUGUUACCAUUUGCAAGAGCACUUGAGGGCAGCACUAUUUCCUGACAUGUUGUGCUUCUGACGCUUACCUAGGUAUCUCUUCAACAAAGAAUAUCAUGGGAACAAAACAAAUUUGAUAAUAGAAGUAAAUUGGAAGCUUGUUUAUAAAAUUGUAUUCUCUGAAUCAUUUUUUGUGCCUUUCCUGUAAAUUUCCUAUGACAAUUUUGAUUUUCCGCUACCUCCUGAGUCUACAAGAUGUAAAUUUUAUUCCACAUUGUUACAAUUUUAUAUCCUGUGUCAACUGCCUGAUGCCAAAUGGAUGAUUUGUCUUACAAGCCUGUAUUUUGUAGAUGUAUAGGUGAUAAAUAUUCAGAGAUUAUUUAGAUUUUAUAUAAUUUUUCUGUCUUUUGUAUGUAAUAAUUUUGCUGUAAAAUAGGUGAUGAAUAUAAAUUUGUCAUACCGGCUUGUGGGGUUUGGUCUUUGUUAACCAGUACAGAUUUAUAGGUCAUCCCUAUUAAUUUAGCAUGUAUGCUGCAACAUGAGAUGUGCCUAAAAAUGUUUAAUCGCUAACAGCGUUUACGCUUUACUAUGCCUUAUAUUUUUUGUAUAAUUCUCUCUUAAAAAAAAGUUUUGUAUUUGGAAUCGGUAUAGAACAACUCACAAGACAUUUUCAUUAUACUUUUACAUUUUUGUUUUGUAUUCUCUGUAUCAUGGCUAAUGAUACAGUAUUAAUCCGCUUCUGCUUUAUUCCAUAAUAUUUAAUUUUCCACUGUUAAAUAAAUAAAUAUGAAGUAAGUGCUGGUUAAAAGCAAAACUAACAUCAGUUGUGUGUGUCCUACAAAUACUCAAAGGAUCAUUAGAAGGAAGUGCCUGUUAUCCAAUCAGCAUUAGCAGGAAGUACCUAUCAGCCAAUAAUUAUUAGCAGGAAGUGACCAAUGUUUAUUAAAGGGACAUGAAACCCAUUUUUUUUCGUUCAUGAUAUAGAAAGAGCAUGCAAUUUUAAACAACUUUCUAAUUUACUUCUAUUAUAUAAUUUGUUUUAUUCUCUUGAUAUUCUUUGCUGAAAAGCAUAUCUAGAUAGGCUCAGUAGCUGCUGAUUGGUUGCUGCACUUAGAAGCCUCAUGUGAUUGGCUCACCCAUGUGCAAUGAUUUUUCUUCAACUAAGGAUAUCUAAAAUAUGAAGCAAAAUAAAUAAUAGAAGUAAAUUGGAUUGUUGUUUAAAUUUGCAUUCUCUUUCUGAAUCAUGAAAGAAAAUUUUUGGGUUUAGUGUCUCUUUUAGCAUCAAAUAAAUAAGUACAGAACUGAUACAGCUGCUUCAGUUUGAAGUAAAACAACUUUAACUGCACAUUUUAAUGCAAAAACUAAAACAAUUAAUAAAAAAUAAACGUUUACAUUCUGCUCUUUCAUGUGGACGACAUAUAUUUUUAAUUACAGUGUCCUUUUAAGUGUUACAGUAAAUACCUUUGUCUCUUCUGCACCAAGUUAACUCUAGUUAGGUCAGAUGCAAAUGUAUCAAACCAUUGUAUUGUAGGAAGGGAAAUAAAACCAAUUAUUCCCCUCAUUGUUUGCAUAAUGAAUGUGCAAACGUUAUCUGCAACAAUAUAAUCAGAAAGUUCUAAUUUGUGUUCUGUAAUGUACUAUGAAGCCUGUGUUUUAUAACAUUUUGUACAUUUGUUAUUAAAAAAAUAAGUUAAUAAAUUAUUACAAAAAAUAAACACUUUACAAA